AUGGAUGGCCUACGAAACGUCGUUUUGGGCGAGCGAGCCUCGCCCGCACAUAGGCUUUCUGUAUUGGCGCCGGGUCUGUACUCCUCGGAUUCUUGGGCCAAGCAAAAUUCGGCAGCACCAAGGCCGGGGAGGGAGUGGACGAGCGCGUGUGGAAGGAGAUAUCGCGCGCCAUUCUCGACUGCUUUGGCAACCACUCCAGGUGGCGUACAUCAGGAAGUUCCUACGCAAGCCCGAGCUCGAAAUUGGGGCCGAAUACCUGUUGAAGCGAUCGCGGCCAUCAACACCGCGCACCUGAUCGGCGAGGGCCGCAAGCCCGACAGCGACAUCCCCAUAAGUACGCGCGAAAUCGUCGGCCAGAUGGUCGAGAUCUUUCUCGGGGGUUCCGAGACCACGUCGACCAGCAUCGCGCGCUUGUUUCUCAAGUUUACCCGCAACCCGGACGUGUGGGUCAAGCUGUUGUUAUCGUUGGAGCUCCAGGCCAUACGUCGCGAUAAUCCGGAGUGCCGCCACAGCGCAAGUUACGCUCCUGGGCUACAACCUGCCGCCCUACACCCCAAGGCCAGGCUUGUACCGCAGCCUGCACCGCACUGGGACUUGCUGGGCCGGCCCUUGCGCUUCUGA